AUGUGCCAGGAUAUACAACUUCCCCCGGAAACGUGGUGGUUGGUGGCUUCUUACUUGGAUGAUGUGGAUUGUCUGAGUCUUCGUGCUACUAGCAAAUAUCUCUAUGACACUUUUUCUGCAAAUUUGUUUUGGAGACCACGAGUAGUGAGCAACUGGUACCGCUACUCUGAGAGCCCUGACUCCGAAGUUGAAAGAUUCUGGUUUGAUAAAUAUAUUGAGCAUUCGCGAUAUGACCGUUGGCUGCGCAACCUGAUCUGGGGCCUCAUUUCGGGCACUGAGAUGACGAAGUCUGAAAUUUGGGAGGACGUGAGCUAUAUUUUUCAAAAUCCCCAACUGUUCGUUCCAGAACUUCUCAGAAUAACGAAGCAUUUCGAUUCCAGCUUUCUACGAGAGGGAAGAUACCUUCAGGAAGAUUUUCUGCGGCAGAUGGAUCGACGUCUACAUGACCUAUCAACAGUGUAUUACGCUAGCCAACUACUAGAAGCGAUCAGAUUGUGCAAGGUUCUCGACUUUGGAUAUCGCACUAUAUGUAAAAGGGAAUAUCCUCAGUCUCUUGAGGAGAUGUUUGGUGAACUUGCCUAUAUUGAUCCAUAUGUGUACGAAUUCUAUGGGUACAGAACACAAGUUUUGAGCAGGGUGCUGCACGAGUAUAAUGGGUUGCAGCUAGACGAUGGGGUCUCCAACACCAAUAAAGUCAAGAUUCUAGCAUCCAUUCUCCAAAGGGUCCUCCGAUUGCAAUCGCUUCCCCAUUCGCUCACAGGUGACUACUGUUCGCAAGUGUCAUUGGAGGACUGCUGUCUCUUCCGGAUCUAUGGUGGCGACGCAGUCGGCAAGACCGAACUGAUCCAUUCUAUAAUGGAGAAACUUUGCCAUGAGCUUGGAAUUCCAGUGAGGAUCAACCACUUGAACCUUGUCGUUGAAGAUUCUACGAUACCUGGAGGGACAUCCCAUUUUAUGAUUGAAUCGUACAAAACUACGCAGAUUAACAUGGCCGAAAUUCAUGACCUGCCACAGCCCUCUUUGAUGCUCCACCAAUAUGUAUCACAGGUUGAUCCGCAGAAGUUCAUUGAAAAUAUAGCAACCAGCUUUUUCUGUCAAUACCCCACGGAGAGACGAGAUAGAAGUGCUUAUAUGCAUCCGAAAUCUAUGGAUGGCCAACUGGUUGUGGAGAGGCCCGGUGAUCGUUUGCAGGGCCAGAUUAUCGGCUUCUAUGGAACUGACAAAGAGACUAUAAACGUCUUGCACAAGUUCUGGACUAUGCUGAUACAUUUUGAGACUGAAAACUUAGAAGAAGACUUGCAAUCCAUUUUUGUUUCGCUUGUGCAGUCAAAUAGGUUGGCCUUCCUAGGGAUAGGAGUGGCCUAUUUGACCAGUAGCAUGGAAGGGAUCAAAGGCAUACAUUCAAAGCUGAAAAAGGCUUUCAUGAAGGGUACACUUUCAUUCAACGUGAAUGAGGUCAAACGAGAUGAUCAGUUGCCAUUCCCUAAAGGUUCAUAUUCCCAGUUUGAAGAUGGCCAGAUGGUGGUGGACCGUAGGGGGGAGCCUAUGAUAAUAAUAGGCUUCAAAAACUAUCAUAAACAAGUUUAUUGCCAAUGCUUCACUAACACGGGCCAGACGGUAAUUGUCCAUGAGAAAAACCUGGCCUUUUCCAAUUCUAUGGUGGAUGCCAGUCAAUUUGCGCUGUUUGAUGAUUUAGGACUGUACUUCCGAAAGUUUGACUUUCGCUUAGGGAAGUUCGUCCGAUACUAG